GCAUAACCUGCACGUUCACCAAACCAUUGAUGGGCCUAAGAAACCCAAAAGUACCAUCGUUUGUAGUAUGUUGUAAAAUUUUGAAAUGGGGGGUGAUACUAGAAGUAGACGGAGAGAACGAAGCUCAAGCUCUGAGACUGAUAAAAAGAAAUUAAAAAAGAGUCGUCGAUACAAGAAAAGGACGUACUCCAGUGAAGAAAUCAGCAGUGGCUCAGAGGACGAUUUUAAGCGUGUCUCGCCAGAAAAGAAAAAAUCAAAAUCCAAGUCUAAAAAGAAGUUAAGAGAAAGUCCAAGCCCUGAAAAAAGGAAAAAACGAAGGAGAUCAAGCUCGAGUUUGUCAUCUUCACCAGAAAGAAAAUCAAGUAAAAAGAAGAAGGCAAGUAAGUAUGACAGUGAAGAGGAAAGCCCUAUAAAGAAAAAGAAGAAAAAGCAUCGCGAAAGUCGAAGCAGAAGCAAGUCUCCGAUAAAAAUUAAAUCAACAGGAGGAAAGGUUAAAGAAAAAUACAAAGAAAGGAAAGAAGAAAAGUCGAAGAAGAAGUAUGAUAGUGAAAGUGGGGAGGAAGAUGACAGGCAAAUAAAGGAAAAGGUCAAGCAUAAAGACAAAGGAAAAGAAGAUGGAGCUGCAAAAGGCACCGGAAAUAGAGACAGAGAGAAGAACGGAGAGCAUCGUAAAGAUAAAGAAAAAGGUGAAGAGCAUCACAAAGAAAGACAUAAAGAUCAAGACGUAGACACAUCUAGUGAUAAGGAAGAAAAAGUUAUUCAUAGAGAACCAAAAGAAGAAAAGACAGAGAGCAAAGAAAAGAAGGCUACAAAAGAGAAAGAGACGAAAAGUAAGGAUAGAGAUAAGCGAGAAAAAACUGGGGAAUACAAAGAGAUAGAUAAACAGAAGGAGAGGGAUAAAGAUAGGGAAAGAGAAAGGAUUAAAGAUAAAGAAAGGGAAAAAGAGCGAGAUAGAGAACGGGGUAAGGAACGAGAUAGGGAAAGAGGCCACAAGGAAGAAGAAAGAGAAACCAAGGAAAAAGUGAGAAGUAGAGAUCAACGGGAAGACAAAGGUAGGGAUCGAGAUCGAGAUAGAGAGAGAAAUAGAGAUAGAGACAGGGACCAGGACAAAGAGAGAAAAGCGCCCGGAAAGGAUGAAAGACAUCGCAGCAGAAAGCAUGAUCGGCAUGAUGACAAAGAGACUUCUGAGAGCAAAAGUGGAAAAGAUAAGUCGGAAGGAGCUGUUGCUUUAGAUAACAUUGAAGAUGCAAUGAGAAGAAGAAAGGAAAGAGUAGAAGCAUGGAGAUUGGCAAGACAGCAUAAGGAUGGCGAGGAAACGCAGGAAGAGAAAGUCGCAGGGAAAAAGUGGAGUCUAGAAGAUGAUGAUGAUGAUGACGAGGAGGAUGAUUCAGUGAAAAAGAAUGAUGAGAAGGAUGAAGAGGAUGAAGUUGAUCCUUUGGACGCAUACAUGAAAGAGGUUCAAAAGCAAGUGAAGAAGUUCAAUGCAUUCGGGCAAACAGCAAAGGAGAAAGGGAAAACAACCACAAUUGUGACAACUGUUGUCAAAAAAGCAGAAAGUGAUAUGGGUGAAAAGAAGCCAGAAGUCAUUGAACAGAAUCAAGAUCUCAUGGAAUAUUCAUCAGAAGAAGGGGAGAAAGAGGACAUCCUUGAAGGCAACGCAUUUGCCGCUAUGAAGCAAAAGAAGAAAAAAGAGCUUCUGGCUGCUGAUCACUCCAAGAUUUAUUAUCGCCCAUUUAGGAAAAAUUUUUAUGUUGAGGUUCCAGAUCUUGCAAAAAUGACUGACGAAGAGGUAGACAAAUACAGACUUGAGUUAGGUAGCAUUAGAGUUGUAGGAAGAGAUAUUCCAAAGCCGAUUAAGACUUGGGCUCAAUCAGGUGUCAACAAUAAGAUACUAGAAGUUCUCAAGAAAUGUAAUUACGAGAAGCCAACCCCGGUCCAAGCGCAAGGUAUACCUUCGAUUAUGUCAGGUCGUGAUGUCAUUGGUAUUGCCAAAACAGGAAGUGGGAAAACAUUAGCAUUUUUGCUUCCAAUGUUUAGACAUGUAUUAGACCAGCCACCUUUGGAUGAGAAUGAUGGACCAAUUGCCAUUAUAAUGACACCCACUAGAGAGCUUGCAUUACAAAUCCACAAGGAGACAAAAAGGUUCUGCAAGCCACUGGGUCUUCAGGCCGUGUGUAUUUAUGGUGGAAGUGGGAUAAGCGAGCAAAUAGCUGAGCUCAAGCGGGGUGCUGAAAUAAUUGUAUGUACCCCCGGAAGAAUGAUUGACAUGCUAACUGCAAACAGUGGGCGUGUAACCAAUUGUAGACGAUGCACGUAUCUAGUUUUAGAUGAAGCAGAUCGCAUGUUUGAUAUGGGCUUUGAACCACAGGUUAUGAAGAUUAUUGCGAACAUUAGGGACGACAGACAGACGGUUCUGUUUUCUGCAACUUUUCCCCGUCAGCUUGAAGGCCUUGCAAGGAAACUUUUGAAAUCGCCGAUUGAAAUUGAAGUGGGUGGACGCAGUAUUGUCUGCUCUGACAUUUCUCAGCAUGUUGUUGUAAUUGAUGAGGAUAACAAGUUUUUGAAGCUGCUUGAGUUGCUAGGGAUGUACCAAGAUCAAGGUAGUAUCCUUGUUUUUGUAGAGAAACAGGACUCUGCAGAUGUUCUCUUCAAGGAUUUGCUAAAACGUGGAUAUCCUUGUUUGUCAUUACACGGGGGUAUGGAUCAGUUUGAUCGCGAUAGUACGAUUACUGAUUUUAAAAAUGGUAACAUCAAGAUAAUGGUUGCGACAUCAGUAGCCGCACGUGGCCUUGAUGUCAAGCAACUCAAUUUGGUUGUUAACUAUGACUGUCCAAAUCAUUUUGAGGAUUACGUUCAUCGUGUGGGUCGCACUGGUCGUGCAGGAAAUAAAGGCGUGGCCUUUACUCUGAUAACACCGGAUGAAGGAAAGCUUGCCCAAGAUAUAAUCAAAGCGCUUGAGACAUCUAAAGGAGCACCGCCAGAGGCGCUCAAGACUUUGUGGCAAGAAUAUAAAGAGCAAAUGAAAGCAGAAGGAAAAAAGGUAAAAAGGGAAAAGAACAAGGGAUUCGGCGGAAAAGGCUUCAAGUUUGACGAAGAAGAAGAAGCAAAGAGCAACGAAAUGAAAAAAAUGCAAAAAUGGGCCUUAGGCCUACAGGAUUCGGAUGACGAGGCUGAAGCGGCUGAAAAUGCAAUGGAUAAAAUAGAAGAUGACUUAAACAAGGCAUUCCAUGAUUCAAAGCCUAAGAAAGCACCUCCGCAGCUUGCACCAGGCCUGGCAGGGCAGCAACCAGCAGUCAUUGAUCAAGACAAGAUGAAGAAAGCUUCGAGUAUUGCUGCAAAGAUAAACAUAAAGAUAAGUCAGGGUCAAAAUGCAGAUAAAACACAGCAUGCCGCAACCCAGAUUCUCAAAGGUGGGGCUCUAGAGCAGAUUAAGGGUAUUGGACUGGCUAAGCAGCUUGCUGACAAAGUAAAUGCGAAGUUGAAUUAUAAAGCCCCUGAAACAGAAAAAGAAGAGGAGGGACAGACAGAGCCGGAGAAAUUGGAGAAAUAUGAGUCUGAAAUUGAUAUUAAUGAUCUACCACAGCAAGCAAGAUGGAGGAUCACAUCCAAAGAGACGAUAUCAAGGGUAUGUGAAGUUUCAGAAGCGGGAAUUACAGUCAGGGGCUCGUAUGUACCCCCAGGGAGCAAGGUAAAGGAGGGUGAAAAAAGAUUGCAUUUGUACAUCGAGUCAUUAUCAGAAAGGGCAAUUCAAAUAGCAAGAGCAGAAGUGAGGAGGUUACUAAAGGAAGAGCUCAUUAAGUUUGAGUCAUCGACUUAUAGGCCUCAGGCAGGUGGGCGUUAUAAGGUAGUAUAGGCCAUUUUGGCUGGUGGAAUUCAAUUUGACGAUAAAACAAUGCUUCGCCAAAAGAUAUCUAGAACCUUUGGAAGACAAAAAAAUUCUUGAACAAAAACUGUAUUUGUCGACUCAAAUACUGCCGCAGUAUCCUAUUGGAUCUAACAGACAAGAUUUAUGUAAACCAUUUGAUGAAUUUUUCGAAAAUGGGACUAGUUGAAAUACGUAUUCUCUGUAAUAUUUUGAAAAGCAAUUUUGAUGUCCCAAUGCAAUUUUUAACCUUUUUCACCCCCCCCCCCUUGUAUUUUCCAAAGAAGGACAAUGUUUUGCAGUUUCCACUAAACGUAUAAAUAUUUUGAAGACAGUUUUUUUAUUGGAUUCGAUUUGCGAUGCCAUAAAAGAGUUAAGUAACAUAACGAAGCAUUUCUUUUAGGAUGACCCCUAGGCCUUUAGCAUGUGUCCCUUUUGAUUAUUACGAUCAGUAUCGAUAAAGAAUAAAGUUUUCAGUUUGGUAUUGACUUCAAGAUCACAUUGGAAUAAAGUUUUCAAAAAAGUUGAAAGAAGCCUUGAUAAUAACUUUCAAGUUUUAUGUUUUAAGUACCUUUGAUUUGCAUUUAUUUUAUAAUUCCUUCGUCUUUUUUCACGUGUGCCUGGAAUUUAGACUAUUUUAUAUUCAAGGCUGUAUCACAUCUUUUCUUUUGUUAUGUCGUUUUAAUGCUCGCCAUGGGGACAUCGAAACCCUUGAUUUUAUGGAACGCUUCAUCGUAA